AUGGCACUCGGUAGGUGGGAUGGCACUCGGUGGGUGGGAUGGCACUCGGUGGGUGGGAUGGCACUCGGUGGGUGGGAUGGCACUCGGUGGGUGGGAUGGCACUCGGUGGGUGGGAUGGCACUCGGUGGGUGGGAUGGCACUCGGUGGGUGGGAUGGCACUCGGUGGGUGGGAUGGCACUCGGUGGGUGGGAUGGCACUCGGUGGGUGGGAUGGCACUCGGUGGGUGGGAUGGCACUCGGUGGGUGGGAUGGCACUCGGUGGGUGGGAUGGCACUCGGUGGGUGGGAUGGCACUCGGUGGGUGGGAUGGCACUCGGUGGGUGGGAUGGCACUCGGUGGGUGGGAUGGCACUCGGUGGGUGGGAUGGCACUCGGUGGGUGGGAUGGCACUCGGUGGGUGGGAUGGCACUCGGUGGGUGGGAUGGCACUCGGUGGGUGGGAUGGCACUCGGUGGGUGGGAUGGCACUCGGUGGGUGGGAUGGCACUCGGUGGGUGGGAUGGCACUCGGUGGGUGGGAUGGCACUCGGUGGGUGGGAUGGCACUCGGUGGGUGGGAUGGCACUCGGUGGGUGGGAUGGCACUCGGUGGGUGGGAUGGCACUCGGUGGGUGGGAUGGCACUCGGUGGGUGGGAUGGCACUCGGUGGGUGGGAUGGCACUCGGUGGGUGGGAUGGCACUCGGUGGGUGGGAUGGCACUCGGUGGGUGGGAUGGCACUCGGUGGGUGGGAUGGCACUCGGUGGGUGGGAUGGCACUCGGUGGGUGGGAUGGCACUCGGUGGGCGCUGCAGAACAUGAACUAUUCUCAACAUCUCCCUUGCAACGCGACCCCCCUGCCCACCCCUCCAGGUCAUAUCCCUCUCGUCGGCCCUGGUGCAGCAGGUAGAGUGCCAGGGCUCAGCACAGCAGCUCUGGUGCAGCUGGGAGUGUGUCAGGGCUCGGCACAGCAGAUGGCACAAGGAGCCUUCCUAUCUGACUCAAAUCCCAUGCCCACAACCCAACCCCCCUGCUACCGCCAUCAGGUCAUAUCUCUCUCAUCAGCUCUGGUGCAGCUGGGAGUGUGUCAGGGCUCGGAACAGCAGGUGGCGAGAGGAGCAUUCCGGCAGUUCUACCCGACCUCUGUUGGGCACUGGCUAGGGCUGGACACACACGACUCUGCAUCCGUCUCCUCCUUUCAGCCGCUCAAGCCCGGUGUGGUGAGCCCGCUUUCUUCCCCAUUUCCCAGUAUCAAUGUAGAGGGUUAG